UCUUGAAGCAGUUCGGACGUGAUCGCUCCAAUUCCGCCGUGAAGUGAAGUGAACAGACCUUAGAUUGUUGAGAGAUUAAAAAUACCAACUGCCUAACCUUCACCGGUGCGCAGCUAGAGUGCGUUACCUAACCAAAUCUAGAGUGGAUUGUUUCGUUCUCGGUGAUGAACUCGGAGGCGUUCAAGCGACGAUCUGUUGUCGUUUCGGACGGGGAAAGUUCCGCGAGCUGUGCCGUAUGGUAAUCCGAUAGUUGGGAGUAUGCAGCAGGCAAAUUUGUUCAUCUGUCGGAAUCGAUCGAGUGACAUUUUGAACUGUGGUUUGUGAUGGUACUCCACGCGGUCAGAGUUCACUCACCUGCUUGUACAUGUACUAUUUAAUGCGUAAGUGAACCAACAUAAAAGCGAAAGCUGUAAGUUCCUCUGUCGCUAAAAAUACCCGCGGGAAUAUAUAGCGAAAAUACAGUGAAAUGGUUUUGCCAGCAGCGCGCAUUUGGCAGUAGAAAAAUGUGUUUUCCGUCUUUCCCGUUCGGCUCAUCUAAAUAUAUAUAUUUAUGUUUGGUUCGCAAGUGAAUUGCGCGUUUUGGUGCUUCGAGGAAGUGGAUCAAAAAUCAAUUGAAAUGAGCCUGUCGCGCGUUCGUUUGGAUUUCGCUGCAUCACAUAGGAAAGGUGGAGGAUGAUCACACGUCCGAUGAGAGUGCUCCGGUGUGUUUGCAUGCGCUCUGUAAAGAGGACGGAACAGAAGAUCAGGCCCCAGUGCCAGAGGAAAAUCAGCAUCAACAGUUGUACCUUCGGUCGGAAUCCGCACGGAGGCAGAACAAACAGCAACGAACAUCGUACGCCGGUUAAAAUCCGAGUGGAAAAUGAUCGUGAAAAAGUGAACGCGCAAGAGGUGCCAACACAGAAAAAUAUUCCGGGUUACGAGAAGGCGAAUUAUUAAAAAAACGUGAAUUCAACUCUGAAACACUUUAGCACCACGGUGAAAAUGACAUCGACGGGAAGAAACAAGUCCGGCAGAGGCAGUGAAGUGUGAAUGGUGAAGAAAAUCUUGGCGCUUCGCCUCCGGUCGACAGUGUGCAAUGCAUUCUAGGACAGUAGGGAAGUGUUUUGUGAAAAUACUGAAUAAUUUACUGCGUCGAAAUGCUUGUUUACGGCACCAGCGUCAUGUCGGUGUAGAACGGUUGACUCCAGCAGUGAUACAAAAUGAAAUUAUUUGUUGUGCUAAUUAACUGGGUGUUGUGCUUCAGUUUGGCCUAUGAGCGAGUGGAAACCCGGACCGAUAGUGAUGAGAAUCUUUUAGGUCAUGACGACUUAGUGAACGACCGGAACGAUAAUUUGAAGAAAUCCAUCGCAGCCCUACUGGCUAAUGAUGGCAGUGAAAUCUACCCGUCUAUGUCGAAUGACAGUCCCUUUGGGGACUACCGCCAUCAAAUUCAAAAUCAGCAACAGUACGGUAGUCCGAUUUACCGCAAACAUCAAACCCAACGUUCCCAGAGCCCCAGCUAUGACCCUCGCGAUGGGACACCGUACACCAGAGAGGUAGCAGUGAAACAGGGUCGAAUCAAAGGAAUUGUUCGAGUGAUGCAUCCACAGUCAGGGUUAAAAAGUGUCGACCAGUAUCUGGGAAUUCCGUAUGCCGAAGCCCCGGUCGGGUCACGGCGGUUCAUGCCUCCAAGUGCACCGAUUCCCUGGACUGGACUCAAGAUGGCUAUCAAGUUAUCCCCUGUUUGCCCACAGAAUCUGCCCACCUUGAAUAAUGUAAAUAACAAUUACUCCAAAGGCAGAUACGAUCAACUGAAAAGACUGCUUCCAUAUCUGAAGGUUGAGAGCGAAGACUGUUUAUAUUUAAAUUUGUACGUGCCGAGCUACGAUGGAAUUGGACCGCAGGCUAAAUAUCCGGUAAUUGUGUACAUUCACGGCGAAUCGUACGAAUGGAACAGCGGUAAUCCCUAUGAUGGCUCAAUUCUCGCCAGCUAUGGCAGGGUAAUUGUAGUAACACUCAACUUCCGGUUGGGCAUCCUUGGAUUCAUGAAGCCGGGAAUCAGUGACCACACGACGAGUAAUUUCGGUUUGUUGGAUCAAAUCGCUGCGUUGCAAUGGAUCAAAGAGAACAUCGGUGCUUUCGGCGGAGAUCACAAACUGGUGACGGUGAUGGGCCACGGGACUGGUGCUGCUUGUGUCAACUUCUUGAUGGUAUCACCUGUUGCCAAAGGGCUUUUCCAUCGGUCGAUUUUGCUGUCAGGAUCUGCCUUAUCGGAUUGGGCUCUCACACAGCAUCCACUGCAAUCGACGAUGCAGGUGCUGCAGGGUCUUAAUUGUCCUCUCAACGGUGACAACGAUGAGGUUGCCGCUUGUCUGCGCAGGAAACGCUACAGUGAAAUUUUGAAUGUGAAAAUAGCCUCGCCGCAAUUUUCAACCCGCUUCGGCCCGAUUGUAGAUGGAUUGGUGAUUCCAAAUACGCCCCAUAAAGUGAUGGGUCAAUAUAGCGACAUAUUUAGUGGAUACGAUUUGCUGUACGGUAUGUCCGAGCUGGAAUCAUACAAUAUUCUGAAUGCUGUUGCCCUAACGUACGGGCUGCUGGAGAACGAAAGGGACAAUUUGCUGCGAUUUUAUAUGCAAAAUCGGUUCGAAAUACGACCCGAUCUGGCCUUGGCAGCAACACUCAAUGAGUAUACUGGAAUCCUUACCGAUCCGAACAAAUCGCUGGCCGAUAUCCACCGGGACACGCUGCUGGACAUCCUGUCUGAUGCACGCGUGGCCGCACCGAUGAUGCAGACAGGGCUCUACCUGGCCAAGGUUAAUCCCAAGUGCUACAUGUACGUUUUUGCGCAUAACAGCGAAGCAGGGGAGUACGGACGGCUAUCGCAAAGUGUGGUCGGCGAAGAUCUUGCCUACGUAUUUGGGGCCCCCCUUGGACAGGUGGGACCAUUUCAGACGCACUACAACGCUAGGGAACGACUUUUCUCCGAAGCCGUGAUGAAAUAUUUUUCCAACUUUGCUCAAACAGGAAAUCCAAAAGCACCAUGGAAGGACCUGUUUCUCAACAUGAAUCCGGAGGAUUGGCGCUACUAUGAUGUCGAUUGGCCCGAGUUCAAUAGUGUAAACCAAAGCUUUCUGCAUCUCGGUUUAACACCCGUGGUAAGCCGUCACUAUCGUCAAAAGUAUAUGAAAUUCUGGAAUCAGAAACUUCCGGAGGAAUUAAAACGCAUUACUACAUCGAAGCCAUACUCACCGUACUCGGAAUUUCUCAGUCCACCGGAUCGACGAAUAACAACGUCUAGUCCGGAGUUCAUCACUGGUCAUAUCAAUCUGUUUCCAAUCAAGGUUGACAUAGAAAAGCCCACCGAAGACUCAUUCAAAGCAUUGGUUUAUCGGAUGAAGGACUCGCAUGCAGGGAGUUCGGGAAUGUAUAACGCUCCAGCUCCCUCGAUGGGAAUAUCGGCAGAGGCACCGGUGAAGGAAAGCCCGGAACCAGCGAAUGUAGAGCAGGAAUCGGAUGGUUCAGAUAUAUUGAAAACAGAUGCAUCCCUCACUAUGCUGAUUGCAGUGGCAAUUGUAUUUUUAUUGUUCAACAUCUUUGUGAUUGUGGGAUAUGUCAUCAAACGCAGCAUAGGCAAUAAGAAGGUGAAAAGACAAUUUGACGACAACAUACUCGAAAGUGCGGCGUCGAUGAACGAUAAACGUUCGAAGCUAAACGAUGCUGAUGAGAGCUAUAUAUUGGACAUGAUACGGAAAACGAAUCCGUAUGAGCCGGUUAUGAAAGCAAAUAAUUUUACGCUUCCAAGGCAGUUUAGCGGAGAAACGGUAGAUCCACAUACAAAAGUGUGUGACUGGAUUUCGCAAGACUAUUGCCCCAACCAACCUGAGUGCGAUGGAGUAGUUUCAUUGUGCCAACCCGAUAACCAAAAUGUGCCACAGAAGAUAAGUGUUGCAAUCGAUGCUACACCACAAGCUCGUAGCAAUAGUAUUCUUCGACAGGAACCGAUAGAGAUCACGAAAGCGAAAUCAUUCGAGUAUGCAUCCCCGGAUGAUUACGAAGAGAGCGUCAGUCAAAAUUCGCCAUGUGAUUCCGAUGUACGUCAACAGUGCUCCAGUUCAGGUUCGUCAUAUUCUUAUAACGAUUGUGAUUAUAAAAUUGAACCGAAAAUGCUGAAGUCAAAUGCGAAUCCAAUUUACAACAAUCACCCGUGUCAAGGCGAGGAAAUUACUAGUUUUAUUGAGUCAGGCGAUAUAAACGUAACUUCAAGGGAUAAAAGUGUAGAAAAAGAUCCACUUUCACCGGAAGAGGCGCUGAAAGUAAUUCAGCGGAGAAACUUUCCGAAAGUACUUCCAGACUAUCCAAGCGGAAUAACUGGACCAACAGCAUCUAUGAAACGUCGUUCUUUGCCUCCGCAGUCUUUUAUGUUGAGCAGCUACAACAGCUUACGAAGGGACAGCUCCCGUCUGGUGCCGGCACCACCACCGAGAAUCUCGUCAACGCUUGGAAGGCGAUCUUCGAAACACAGAGCCAGUAAUAAUUUCCUCAGCUCUCCUCCAUUAAUGGCCGAAGAGCCUCCGAUAGAAGAAGAACCGACGAUUUCCCUUAACACCUUGCACAUUGGACCAUUGCUACCGAAACAUCAAGAGAGUACUUACGUGACUAUGUCCCGACAAAAUUCUGAAGAUAUCGAACAAGAAGAACCAGCCGUUGAUAUAAUUUGUAUAGAACAUAAACCGGAAAGUCAUUACAGCUAUAUUAAACCUCCAAGUAUGAUAAAACCGCCAUCGUCAUUCAAAACCUCCCCACCAAAGGAAAUAGAUCGGUCCGACAGCCGAUCCGAACUUCAACCCAUGUCAUCCGCAUCUCUAUCACGUUUGCCGAUCACACGAUCCGCUGCGUUACAACGAGAGCUCAGCUCCGAAUCGUCGGCAACCGACACCACUUCGAGUAGUACCGGAACGAUAAAGAAAAUGUAGGAUAUUGUUCAACACUCUGACACCAAAAAGAAAACGUCACCAAAAAACGAUUAUCACAUUGCAAAGUAUUUAUUUAUGUAAGCUCCCUUCACCCACUUCCAUACCAUCACAGCAUGAUUCCGAGCAACUAUUUAUUUUAUUGCAAAUUUGUACUGUAAACAUUGUCGAAUGUAUGCGUUUAUAGUUUGGACUUGAUCUGUUUUGAUGUUGAUUACAAGCAAUCAAAAUAAUUACUUUUAUAAAGUUUUAAACACACUUCACGUCGCGCAUCAGCAGCAGUGACACUGAAAUAAAUAAUUCGUAAUGGGAUUUUUAUAGUGGAAUAGUGGA